AUACGAUACGCAAAGGCCGAGUGUGCCUCAGGCUCUCAGCAGCUUCAUGUUGCUCGGCACUGACGGCUGACGCCGUGUAUACAUCGCGCGAGAGAUGUAUCUGUAGCAGACGAUACGAUUAAUCGUGACAAAGAAAGGGAUAUUAUGGCACGCGGAAUAAUGUCGAGGAUCGUCGAGCGAGUUUAAGGCCAGAGAGCAUUAUGAAUCCACAUUGCACAAUAGACUGACUGGGCUCCGCUUCUGUGUUACUGUACUCCUCGUUCUGCGCACAAAUGUCAGAAUGUUAGACAGCACUUCUAACAUGGAACUGAAUAAUGUGGGAAGCAACAAGAGCUCUGUAUACCUCGUGCUGUCCUUCAGACGACUAUGCCUAGCGACGGUUGGUUUACCGCUCGUAUCGCUGCUGUUCUGUUUCGUCACAGCUUACAUAUUUCAACAGGAUGAUAUUCACGAAACUCACUGUAGAGUCUACAAUAUCCUUCCAUCGAUCUCAGCCAUCACUGGCGUGUCUCCUCAGAGGUAUCUAUGGCGUGUCAGCAUAGCUUUACAUAUUGGACCUAGGCUGGUGAUCGCCAGUGUUUAUCACUCGUAUUAUUACAAAAUACUUAAGAGCAUUGAAGACGUGCCUCAAAAAAUCACAGGGAGCAGGCUCCUGAACUUGUGCUACUGGCUCAACAUCGCCGAGGUAGCGGCUCUGAGUGGCGUAACGUACAUUUCUAACAGGGAAAAUUACUCGGUGCACGAGAAGAUUUUCAUAGUGUUUAUGAUUAGUUCGCUCACGUACAUGCUGACCGCCGUAAGAUUGGGUCGCCUAAUAACUCCAAAUGCACAAAGUCUUCAGUUCAAACAGGUGCUGUUCAUGAUGAGUCUUGUCAGUACGAUCGGUCUUAUCAUUUUUUUCUUGAAGCAUCGACUGCUGUGUCACGAUAUGGCAUUUAGUUGGUUCUCGCUGUGUGAGUAUGUGAUAGCUUUUGCGAACAUGGGCUUUCACAUCACCGUCGUUUUGGAUUUUCCCAAGGAGCAACUGGUCGUAGGUCACGGUUUACCUGCCGAAAAGAUAGAUUAACCUUUUAGGAUAAUUUAUCAUUCUUGUCGACAUAUUAAAGUGCCUAUUGCCUCUGCAUGGAAGUGCUAUGGAUCCUGAUUUUCGAGAGGUGAAAUUUCGACACAACGUCUCAGCUUCACGAUCCUCCCGAUUUUGUGAUAUUCACAAAAUUACGUUGCGUUUCGUAUGGGAAAUCGAUAUCGUUUGCUUCUUCAUGUGCGAUUUUUAAAACGCUUCGUCUACUUUUUUAUCCUUUUACUUUUACAUCUUUUAUGAUAUCGAUGAAUCACGAUAAAUCAGUACUCUUAGAUGACUAGUAGAAAUUAUUCGGAAAAACAAAUCUAGCGCUUCCAAAGUGCGGCACUGGUUACUUUGCGAGCGAUGAAAUAUGUAACGGCCUUUUAAUAUCGAUUAGUAAUACAGUAUCGACACACAUUAUAGGGAAUGAUAGUUAAAAAGCAAGUAUCCUACAUACAAACAGCAUUUAACGUUAUCGUAAACUGAAAAUAUUAUUACCGCGUCGUAUAAGAUUACUUGUAAAGACUUUUGGGUCUUCUUUUAUAGAGACUUUUGCAAGGUGAGAAUUCUAGUCAAACGCGAAUUAAGUCUAGUCGCGAUAUCUUUUAUCCGCUUUACCGUACUCUUACUUUACAUUGUAAGUUGAGAUUAGAUUAUAGAAGAUGCAUUUACGUUAAAUGGUCUUUGAGAUAUUAUAAUCGUGCGUUCAUCAAAUGAACGUGUACAACUUUGGAUUUUUGCAAAACAAUUGUACAGUUGUGUCUUGUUGGCAAAAAAUCUUACGAUAGAAUCUCGUACGCGUAUAAGUUACUCGUUCACCUUGUAAGAAAGUUAAUUCAUCCUGUAUAGAUUUUCAGAUAAUAAAAUCAGCUAAUGUUCAGCGAGACGCGCUGUUCGGCAUUGCUGUACACUUGCAAACGUAGGGUAAUCGCUCCUAUGUUUGUAUGUAGCAUACGAUAGUUCAAUAAUACGUAGCAAUUAUCGAAACACUGGAGAUUAAAGCAGUCACAUUAUGUAGGGAUAAUGUAAAUGAGGAUUGCAUUCGGACCAGUGCGUUCAGAGCAAGAGAUUAUAAUAUCGAGAAAUAUUUCAUUCAUGAAAAAAAGAAAUUUGUAAGACAAAUAUUAGGAAAGGGAGUUUCUAUCAGAUUUUAUGACUGAAACUCCCGUACAUCUCUCGUUCGAAGCUGUUGAUGAUUCGUACGUACAGAAUGGUAUAUUCUUAACGAAAAAUGUCGGCUAUUUUAAUUUACUGAAAAUUAGUAAGUUUGCUAAUUUACUGAAACUAAAUAUAUUUGAUUAUUUCUAUAUAAGUUUUUACUCAAAAGAUUUCAUUAAAAAUUACACAAACAAUGUAAUUACAGCACAAUUACAGAAAUAAUCCGCAAUUAAAUUUUUAUAAAGUAGACAUUAUCAGUGUGCAUGUCGAACGAGGAUGUGUCUUUUUGGUGAGAAAGAAAGAAAGCGUGACAAAAACUUCACUUAUACGGUUUGCACUUGUUCAGGGACUUUGCACGCAAAUAUCCCUCGAUACAGUACCAAUAAGCGCAAAACAUUGUUUAUUACCCUUGCAUUUGUAAUAAGUAAAUGAUGGUUGACGUUUAUCGCGACGUCUCUUAGGAUUUCAUUGUUAAUGCCGAUAGUCUCAGUGUGAUUCUAGAUAGCACUCGCAGUUCAACGAUAUCAGUUUUGCACAUUUUUACAUCUAUAUACAUAUACAUACGUACAUAUAUGUACACACACACACACACACACACACACACACACACACAAAAGAACGUUAUAACUGUGUAGCGUAUUUUGAUAUGACAAACUUUUUUCGUUAACAUUUCUCUCAAUAUCAUUAUUGAAAAGAAGAAACAAGAGGAAGAAACCGUCGACAUAUUUAUCGCUAAUUUCUGACUACUAACUAAAUGCGUUCGUCGUCCUCAAUCAAUCAUUGCGGAAAUUGCAGCUUUCAAGUAUCUUUACGAUUGAUUGUAGAAAAGUAACGCUUGUAUCUACCCGGACAUGAUUUGUUUGAUAGCGUAAUAUUUCGACGGUUCCUACAAUGCUUGGAGUCACUCUUGUACAUUACCAUGAAACGUAAAAGUGUGUGCACUCAGCAGUGCACUCGCAUUUGAUUUACCGAUGUCGUUAUCGGACUUUAGUUAAUGGAUCUCGAAUGCCCAAGUCAUGUCAUUAGUUAUACACUGUAUAUAUUAUAACAUGUGAAAGAGUUUGUUUUUGGGAACUGAGCGUAAACUAAAUCAGAGAUGAAUUCUGAGAAUAUUACGAGACGGAUAAUCUUGGUAACGGAUAAAUGUUGUGUUUCGUUUGAGAAAAGGGCUUAGAAGUUACACGUUAGGAAAUAUGAGGGAAAGAUACGAUCCCAUCGAUGUUUAUUUUGCAAGCGUUACUAUUGCAAAAUGAUGCUUCCAAAGAAAGUUGUGCUAAAUAAUUGUUCAUUUAGUAACAAUUUUUUUAUGAUUAGAUCAUCUAGUGUGAUUUAUUAUUACUCAUGAUUUUAUUGUUAAGUAAGCGUUAGCGUAUUCUUCGAAUGAUCUGGCAAAACUCAGCGAGAAAGCUAACGCGAGAUUAAACGCUGAAGUUAGCUUUUAGUGCUAAAGAGAGAUUAUACUCUACGUUAUUUAUUCUGAAAAUAUUUUUUUAAUAUCGUAAAAUAAGUACACAAUUGUGACAGAAACUCUUAAGGGUAAAAAUUCUGAGAAAGCGUAUUCAAAAAUUUCGUCAUGGGAAUUUUGCAUUGUGACAAUGACUAAACAUAUCUUGUCAAGAAUUUUUAUCAUACUCUCGAAACUCUUUCUCCUUUCGCUGUAAAUAAUGCUGACAUGAUAUGAUCAUCUUGUACAAAUGACAGAGUUGGAUAUCGACGAUGCAUAUUAAGCAUACCGUGUGACAAUUUUCCCUUUGUCAAUAUACAGCAAUUUAAAUGUAAGUUUCAAAUUGAAUCUCUUUACACGAAUGCUCACUGUCGCAGCUAUUUUUCUGCGGCUCGUAUUUUUUGAAAUAAUUUUGCUACCGACAUAUUUGUUUCUAAUUUACGACGUAUAUCGAAAUUAUGAAUAAAGCGAUCUCAUGACGAGUCUCGUUUCUGACGAAUAUAAAUCAUUUGUGCAAUUAACAAUUCUGUGGUAAUUAAUAUAAAUGGCUUUAUUCGUAUACCAUUUUAUAAAUUAUAUAUUAUGAUUUUACAAAAGAUUUUUCUCAGGCAUUAUCGUUCGUAUUUUAUCUAAGCUUAUUCUAUAUAAUAAAAUUCUUUAUAACUGUACAAUAUUUUACUCAUAUCUGUGUUCUACAAAACAUUUUAUCGCAUAUUAAGAUACAGAGAAAAUUUAUUUUCUAAAGUGUCUGUUCUCGCUUUCUUGUAUUUAAUGACAAAUGCAAUAAUAUAAAUUGUACACUUGCAACUCAUGAAGAAAUAGAGAACUGCGUUGCAUCUGUCUAAUUAGUAAUACAAUGUAUUCUUGAUUCAAUAUAAUUUCGCUUGAAACUAUCGAAAAUGAUAUUAUCGAGCAAUUCGCACCGCACGCUGCAUUAAUUAAUUCCUUCGCACGCACACGUUAUACCAUGUAAACAUUUUUGAGUCCAAACUGAAGAAAAGAAAGCAAAACGAAACACUUUGACACAAAGAUUGAGAGACAAACUUGCGUCUGACGUCUCUCUUUUAUCACUACCACGGUCUCACGGUGACAUAAUAUAAAACAUAGUGAGAGCAAUCGAGCCUCAAAUCCAAGUCAAAAUUUCGACGUUGCCGAAGGAGGUAAUUGAACCCGGUUGACCUUAAUAUAAGGUAAUAAACGAGCGUGAAUUAAACGGCUGUCGUGUGACACGAAGGAAAAUCUUAUCAUCCUCUUGCGGAGUACCCGAAUUUAAUAAAUCGCUUCCUCUUUCGGCCGUGUUCGAGAUUGGACGGAGGCUCGAGCGUAUUCUGUGCGUACACGUAAGGUCAUCAUCAACUUUUACAUCGUCGGCUACGCAAGAAUCUAUAGCCGUAUUUUCCUACACGAUCGUUCGAUCGAGAGCCAUCAUCUUCAUCUGACAUGUAAUACUCACUCCGAUAUUCCCGAGAAACACGAGCGUAUGUAAUAUAGUGUAUAUUCCUCGAGAAUUUUGGUCUAGGGCGGGUGAAGCUACCCUAAACUGUGAUUAAAAUGUUUCUGUAUGUACGUGAUGACUUGUAACUGGUUACAACGCUGGUCCUGCUGACCGGGAUCAAGAAUGAUUUCUACUUGUAUCGCAUAACGAACGAUUGUCGAAUAAAAACUGACAUACA